AUGAACAAGCUGGCCAAUAUGCGUCACUGGUCCGAGAGGAUGAGCCCGAACUUCGGAAUGGGUCGUCCUAAUAUGCCUAUGAAUGGCCUCAACCCGCAUCAAAAGAACGCGGCCCAGACCUUGGGCCCGAUCAACUCACCACAGGCUGCCGAUGCCUCUAUUCACUACUCGUUUAACGUGCCAUUCGCCUCCGACCUUGCGGGUCCCAAUACCGAGGACAUCGUUCAUGCCACUACCGAUGCCGUCCUCCGCUGGACGCACCCUGCUGAUGCUCCCGACGAUGUGCAAGUCCAUGAGUUGCCGGUCCAUGCCCAGAAUCUCGCCAACCUCGGAAGACUUUGUCGAGAUUUGUCUGUUGGCCCACUGCCCAUUGAGGCCCAUGUCAUCUCUUCCUCCUCUAAGAAUGGCAAAGGCCAAGUUACUACGGUCUGCCUAUCUGGCUCUCCAGAGCUAGUACACAAGAGUCGGGAGACUAUUUUGAAUGAGAUACCCAUCUCUUUGCGUUGCACGACAAUCGACAUUGACGGAAACCUUGUUUGUGAUAUCAACGCCGGCGUGCUCAAGAAGCCCGUUGUAGAAACAUUGGAUCACAUCUCUAGAUUCUGUGGUGUAGAUAUCUUCUUGCUAGGGCCCAAGUUGACUCCCAUAGUUGACGGCAUGACCGGCGACUCGGAGUUGCGCAUUGACCAGCGAUGGAGAGUUGCUAUUUACGGUGAUAUUCUCUCGUCAGAGCAUGCCAAAGCCCGUGUCUUGAUUCACAUUGAUACUCUGCUUGGCCGUACGUUUGAUGUCACGAAAAUUGAGCUGUCAUUUCACCAACUUGUUUGUGGCCGCCAUAGAAAGAACAUCAAGUUGAUUGAGUCAUCUACCGGGACUGCUAUUUACUUCCCACCCCUGUUCUCGCAGAUGUAUCGCUACUGUCCUCAAAAUGCCACUCGCCGGGACCCCACCGAUAUCUUCAUCACAGGUGAAACGAUCCAGGCGAUCGAACUUGCCAAGCAGAAGCUGCAUGAGACAGUCUCUAGAAUCCGGGUCUAUAUGAAGGACGUUACCAUCCCCGCUGCCAAGAUUGAUAGUAUCCUUCUCGGACGUCUUGAUAAGGUCCGCAAGAUUCUAGAGGCUAAUGGAACGUACAUCAUGUUUCCCCCCCUGGCUUGUCAACGAACUAUGGUCCGGGUUCAGGGAAGUGAGAGCCUACCCGUUGAACGCACGGUUCGAGAGAUCAUGUCACUGGCUGGCCAGUUUUAUGGCGCUGGGUGGUACAUACAGCAGCCCGAAGUCAGGCAGCACCUCGCCCCCGCUGAGAUACGAACUAUGCUGUCAGACAUUUGUGCCAACGCGGAGGCGGAUUUGUCUUAUGACAGGAUGAGCUUCACUGUCACGGGAUCUGACGAUGCAGUAAAGUCUGCCUUGACUGUGAUAUCUGACCUCAAGUUUGUUACCCGAUCGCAAUAUCAGAUCCGCGUCAAGAUUGAACUUGCCAAUGAGCACAAGGAAUUUGUGAGCGGCAAGAAGAAUGGCAAAAUCAAUAAGAUCAUGGGCCAGAGUGAGUUCCUACCAGAGCCGCCUUACCGCAUGUCUUCUAACGAAUAUUUCCCAGGUAAUGUGCAGAUUAUUUUUGAUGGGUUCAACGAAUAUAACUUCAACAUUGAUGUCAUGGCAGCCAGCUACGAUUCAAUGAAGCAAGGUUUGACUUUGGUUGAACAGGAGAUGCCUGCCUCUAUCUCCUUCCAUGUCCCUGAUCAGUACCACAAGCGUAUCAUCGGUAUUGGCGGACAGCAUAUCCAACGCAUCAUGAAGAAACAUUCUGUCUUUGUGAAGUUUUCCAAUGCAAUGGACAGAGUUACCUCAGGCGGCAUGGGACGCGAGGACGAUGACAUCAAGGUUGACAAUGUCAUCUGCCGUACCCCGGCUCGCAACGCCCAGAAUCUAGAUGCCGUUAAGAAUGAGAUUUUGGAAAUGGUGGAUCGUGCUGUAAGUGAUGGCCCCUGGCAACUUACAGAAGCCAUUCCUAACGCUCUCGUGCCUUGUCAGGACUCCGAGUACACCACUCAAAUUGCUAGCGUGGACCGCCUUUACCACCGUGAAUUGAUCGCCCGUCUCCCUGAAAUCGAUGAGCUGGAGCAAAAGUACAAUUGCAAAAUCAACUUCCCAAGUACUGAGGAAGCAAGUGAUGAGGUUACCGUUACUGGCCCUCAGUGGCAGGUCCCUCACUGUGUGGACGAGCUUUUGGGUAUGGUCCCUGAUAAGCAUGAAUUGGUGCUGGCCCGCACAGCCGAUCUAGUCAAAUUCUUGGAAUCGCCCCAGUUCGCCACCGACCUGGUAUCGAAGCUCAAAGCCCAGUACGAAGUGGAGGUUACAUAUCAUCAGAACCCGGAUGAGCUGACUGAGGAAGGCUCUCCGACCGUUACCUUGGUCUGGGGUUUCACGCGUAACAACGCAGGCGGGCUCCGCGACGCCAUCGAUUUCCUGGAAGCUCAAAUGGCUGCUGCCACCGUUGAGGCGAACGUUGUCAAGGGAUCCAUCCCGCGCCCCAAGUCUGACUCUUUUGAGGAUUCCUUACAGUACUUUGAUUCUAAGCUCCUCCAGCAUGCUCCAGCUUCGUCCUCCAGCGACUCACCCGUCAAAACUGGCUUUGGUGCCGAGGUUGCCCGUGAGCGAAGCAGCAUUCUUGACCGCCUGCGCAAGCCCGGCAGCAUGACGUCUAUUUCCUCGUUCCUUGACCGCAGAAAGAAUAGCUCUCACUCGAUGAACAGCAACUUCUUCAAGGGAUCCAGCAACGUUUCCAAGUCGUCUUUAAUCUCGAUCGAGUCGACCCGAAGCUUCAACGCUGACCGAAACCCCUGGAACGACAGUGGGGUCAACCUACCCGAGGACGAGAAUCCUUGGGCACCACGACCGUUCAGCAAACAUAUGGACAACAAAUUGGCCAUCCCCCUUCCCGGCGAUGUUACGCCCCGCCAUAAUACCCGCGCGUCUGGAGACAGCGGUCGUCCAUCUACUUCUCAUUCCAUGAAUUCAGGAUACCCCGCCCAUAUUGGGCCUUUCCGUUAG